CAUGGAGAGCCGUGCAAAUAUUAAUUUUGACAAGAUAAACAAUAAAAUAUUAACCCAUUCCGGACCCACGACGACAGUGCAAGCGAAAACCCCAUGGCCAAUCAUCCUACUACUACUAAACCCUCCACACAAAUCCUCACCCUAUCUCCGCCGCUACCACCACUCUCCGACGCUUGCACACGUCACCACCUCAACUCCACACGUCACGCUUCUUCAUCCAUCCUCUAACCGCUUCAAUCCGACUUACUAAUGGCGUUACUCCGAAGAAGAAAACAACCAGAUUCCGAUCCACAUCCGGAUCCGGAUCAGGAUCCGAAACCAGACGAAGAAGACGAUAAGGAACAAAAAGCGUCAAAAAAAUCAAACAAAAACGGUAAAAUAAAGAACUAUUCGUGCCUCGAUAACUGCUGUUGGUUCGUCGGUUGCGUGUGCUCGGUGUGGUGGUUGUUGUUGUUUUUGUAUAAUGCUAUGCCGGCGUCGUUCCCGCAGUUUGUGACGGAAGCGAUAUCCGGACCGUUUCCGGAUCCUCCCGGAGUUAAGUGUUUGAAAGAAGGUUUGAAGGCGAAGCAUCCGGUGGUGUUUGUGCCGGGGAUUGUGACCGGUGGACUUGAGCUGUGGGAAGGGCACCAGUGUAUGGAUGGAUUGUUCCGGAAAAGGCUUUGGGGCGGUACGUUUGGUGAGGUUUAUAAGAGGCCUUCGUGUUGGGUACAACAUAUGUCGCUAGACAACAAAACCGGGAUGGAUCCACCGGGUAUACGGGUCAGGCCUGUCAGUGGACUUGUAGCUGCUGACUACUUCGCUCCAGGGUAUUUUGUUUGGGCUGUUUUGAUUGCUAACUUGGCACGUGUUGGCUAUGAAGAGAAAAAUAUGUAUAUGGCUGCAUAUGACUGGAGACUCUCGUUUCAAAACACAGAGGUAAGAGACCAAACACUGAGCCGGAUAAAGAGCAAUAUAGAACUAAUGGUUGCUACUAAUGGCGGGAAAAAGGCGGUUAUCAUCCCGCAUUCAAUGGGUGUUAUCUACUUCCUGCAUUUCAUGAAAUGGGUCGAGGCACCAGCACCAAUGGGUGGCGGAGGUGGACCAGAUUGGUGUGCUAAACACAUAAAAGCGGUGAUGAAUAUCGGUGGACCAUUUUUAGGUGUCCCAAAAGCUGUAGCCGGGCUUUUCUCUGCGGAAGCUAAAGAUAUUGCAUCAGUCAGGGCCCUUGCACCAGGUGUGUUAGACUCGGAUUUAUUUCAGAUUCAAACGUUACAACAUGUAAUGAGAAUGAGCCGCACAUGGGAUUCAACCAUGUCUAUGAUACCGAAAGGCGGGGACACCAUUUGGGGCGGCCUCAAUUGGUCACCCGAAGAAGGGUAUAGUCCAAGGAGGAGUAAACAUGGAAAAAACGACACUGAAUCUCCCACCGUAAGUGAUUCUGCAAGUGAAGUAACACAUGCAAAUUAUGGAAGGAUAGUAUCGUUCGGGAGAGAUGUAGCAGAGGCACCAUCUUCAGAGAUCGAGAGGAUAGAAUUUAGAGGUGCUGUGAAGGGUAUCAAUGUUGCAAACAAUACAUGUCGGGCCGUGUGGACCGAAUACCAUGACAUGGGAUUUGGUGGAAUCAAGGCUGUUGCGGAGUACAAGGUAUAUACAGCUGGCGAAAUCGUGGAACUACUGGAGUUUGUUGCUCCAAAAAUGAUGGAACGCGGUAGUGCUCAUUUUUCGUAUGGUAUUGCUGACAAUUUGGAUGAUCCAAAAUAUACACAUUACAAGUAUUGGUCUAACCCAUUGGAGACAAAGUUACCAAACGCUCCAGACAUGGAGAUCUAUUCAAUGUAUGGAGUUGGCAUCCCAACCGAAAGAGCAUAUGUCUACAAACUCACACCUGCAGCAGAGUGCUACAUACCAUUCCAAAUUGACACGUCAGCAAAGGAUAAAGGCGAGGACGGGUGUUUAAAAGACGGAGUUUAUACGGUUGACGGGGAUGAAACAGUACCAGCACUAAGCGCGGGUUACAUGUGCGCAAAGGGUUGGCGUGGGAAAACGCGAUUCAAUCCUUCGGGAAUUAAAACUUAUGUCAGGGAAUACGAUCACAACCCUCCAUCCAACUUUCUCGAGGGCCGGGGCACUCAAAGCGGGGCCCAUGUGGAUAUUAUGGGUAAUUUUCAGUUGAUUGAAGAUGUUAUAAGAGUUGCAGCCGGAGCCACGGGUGAAGAACUGGGAGGUGAUCAGGUGUACACUGGUAUAUUCGAGUGGUCUGAGAAGAUCAAUCUAAAGUUGUGAAAUAUGUGACUUAGAUUUUAUACAAACAGUAUAUCAGGGUGCGUUUAUUACAUAGUUUUGAUUAGAGAUCUGCGAUACAUGGAAGAUUAUUGUGUCAUAUUUAAAGCAAUAAGGGUUAGUGCGCUUCUUGCAGUUCUCUACUUGAAUUUGUCUAUGUAUUAAGCGUGAACUCUAUGUGCAUUAUUGAUCCACAAAUCUGUAUUGUGGGUGGAUUAGUUUGUAAUAUGUAGCAUGUUGCUUCCUUAAACAGCCAUAAAGAUUUGUUUGUUGUAUCUUAAAAUAUGUAAUCAUUUUUAGGAAAGAGUAACAUUGAUAUGUGGACUUUAUA